AUGGGCAGUUUAACGUUAUUCGCAUUCGGAACGAUGUAUUUUAAUGGCAGGCCGCAUUCUCGACAUAUCACACGCGAUAUGCUGAAGCAAGAACUGAAUGAAACGAUCAUUUCAACUGCAGCAAAGUCAACUCAACAACAAGUAGCAACAAUCAACAAUGACCCUUUGGCACAGCAAGAUCUUCCUGCACCGUCCCAUCAACCACCUCUCACUGCAACCGUUCCAUCUGACGAAUCAGCUCCUCCAGAAAUACGAAAGGUCUCCAGAUUUACCGUCCAACGAAUCCAGAAUGCCCUGCAACCACCAAUAAACCCAUCAACAGCCCAACAAUCGCCAGUGUUCACACCACCAGCAACCCAAACGAAUCAAAACCAAUCGUCAACACCAUCAACCAACGAAUCAGCGAGACCGCCAGCACAACGUCGUUCUCGGUUCACGGUCAAUAAAGUACCUGAAAGUGCUCUGCAGUCGCAAAGCGCACCCCCCACAGCAAAUAAUCCACCCACUACUGGACUGGAAUCGAAUCAACCAGCACAACCGCACGCACCCUUAGAAUUCAGUCAACAGAUCGCAUCUCAACAACCGAAUGCUGCUCUUCAAUUCAGUGCAUCACCACUAUUCAGAUUACCAACGCAAAAUAUGACGCCAACUUUAUCAGUCGUUGUUGAAGAGCCUGAAAAUGAGGAUGCCGAGCAAGUGCAACCGGAAAGUGCACUCCGCGAAACAAAUAAACGACCACUGCUUUCAACACCAGCGACACCAAUGAUACCCGUCGGCGGCGGUAAAGACGAUAGUAAUCGAGCAAAUUCCUUCCUAACACAAUCAUCGGUUGAUAAGAACGUGUCACCGUGGACAACCUUGCUGGUGUCGCCCGGUGAGGCGUUACUCAGUUUUGUGGUCGAACAUCCAACUGAUCACCGCACAGUCCCUUCACCUCAAGACACAACACCACAACUGCACAACGCGCCACAACACAACCAACAUCGAGUGACAACAAAAUUCAAUGAACUCUAUGAAAAAGUUAUCGAUGAAUGCAAUCAAACCGAAGCAAUUUUCGAAAGGUUCUCGAAACAUUCACUUGAACGGCACUUUUUUAAUUGA